CGAACCUUUUCUUCCAAUGCUCUAUCCUCAGACAAGGUAACUGGUGCUCGGAACUGUAAGGAACUUCUCAACAGCGGUCAUGACACCAGCGGAGUCUACAUGAUCUACCCUGUAGGAGGAGGGAUCAGCCCCAUCCAUGUCUACUGUGACAUGGACACCGACGGAGGAGGAUGGACGGUUUUCCAGAGGCGACAGGAUGGCUCCGUCGAUUUUUACCUAGACUGGCAGGCUUACAAGACAGGAUUCGGGGACCUGAGAGGAGAAUUCUGGCUUGGCAACGACAACCUGCACCACCUGACGGCACAGGGAGGGUACGAGCUGAGGGUGGACCUGGAAGACUUCGAGGGAAACUCGGCCUUCGCCAAGUACAGUAACUUCAGGGUGGAGGAUGAAGGGCACCUGUACAAAUUGACCGUGGAGGGAUACUCGGGAACUGCAGGGGAUGCCAUGGCCGACCACGUUUCCAUGUUCUUCUCAACGAAGGAUAGAGACAACGACAACAGAGAUGGCCACUGUGCUCAGAUGUACAAGGGAGGUUGGUGGUAUGAAAACUGCCACCAUGCCAACCUGAAUGGUCUGUACCAUGCUGGAAACCAUCAGUCCUAUGCCGAUGGGGUUAACUGGAGAGAAUGGAAGGGGUUCUACUACUCUCUGAAACACACUGAGAUGAAAAUCAGGCCUAACUAAGAUUCCCCUUGUCUGUUUGGGGA